AUGGUACCACCAUUGUGGCCCUCAACUUCACAUCCUACUCCGACAGCACAGAUGGCCGGAAACAGGAUUUCACAAGUUACGCAACAAAUGCAACUGUUGGGGACGAAGGCUUUUCCAGCUACGGCAAAAACGCAAAUUGGUAACGCUAAUUUUACGUCCUAUGGGCUCGAUGAACGCAUCCCUGAAAACGAUUUCAACAAUUACGCAAACGACGGCAAUGGUACGACGGAAACAUUCACAAGUUACGGCCGCGACGGGAAUAUCCCACUGAAUAAUUUCAACACUUAUGGGUCUGGAGGAAAUGGAAUUACUCAGAAAUUCGCCAAUUACCGCGAUCUUGAUACCUUAGGUGACAAUCGAUUCCGAUCCUACGGAGAGGACUCGAAAACGGAGUCUCUGGGUUUCACGAAUUACGGCCGAUCAUUCAUAACUGAUACAUUCAGGGAGUAUGGAAAAGGUUCCAAAGUCAAGAAUGUGGAUUUCAAUACAUAUGGAGUUGGAAACACUUUUGUGGAAUACACAAAAACAGGGGUCACAUUCUCCAAUUAUCAGAACGAAACGGAAACUCCUUUGGCUUCCAGGAAGACAACCAAGAAGAUGAACAUCCGGCGGGUUGAAGCGGGGAAAUUCUUCAGGGAGAAGAUGUUGAGAACCGGGACCCUGAUGCCAAUGCCGGACAUCAAGGAUAAGAUGCCGAAAAGAUCCUUCCUUCCAAGAACAAUUCUGUCGAAAAUACCGUUUUCGACCAAGAAGAUUGAUCAAUUGAAGAAGAUUUUCCAUGCCUCUGAUGACUCCAGCAUGACCAAGAUGUUAGGGGAUGCUUUAGCGGAAUGCGAGAGAGCUCCGAGCCCCGGGGAGACGAAGCGGUGCGCCGGCAGCGGGGAAGAUAUGAUUGAUUUCGCGACGUCGGUGCUCGGAAGGAACAUCGCCGUUCGGAGUACUGAGAACACUCAGGGAUCAGGUGGAAACAUCAUGAUCGGAAAAGUUACCGGGAUCGAUGGCGGACGGAUCACGAAAUCAGUGUCUUGCCAUCAGAGUUUGUACCCAUAUUUGCUGUAUUACUGUCAUUCGGUCCCGAAGGUUCGGGUAUACGAAGCGGAUAUACUUGACCCGAACUCGAAGGUGAAGAUUAAUCAUGGAGUUGCUAUCUGUCACAUUGAUACAUCCAGUUGGAGUCCAAACCAUGGAGCAUUUCUCGCUCUUGGUCCGGGUCCGGGUAAAAUCGAGGAGAGGCUGAAGUUGCUGAAUUUCAUAUUAAAGCAAGAAUUGAGAGAGCUUGAGAAGAAAUUGAUGGUCGAAAUAUUACAACCAGAAAGGGUUCUUCAUUUCCUUCAGCCCGGCAGUCUGGAGAAGAAAAGCAUCCGGCCUACGUAUUCUGCUGAGCACAUAUUUGGUGGAACUCCCUUGGCAAUGUGCUCAAAUGAUUUCAUAUGUUUUUAUGAUUGGGCUGACUCCAGGAUUUCAGGGAUUGACGCGGUGCAAGCAGUUCGUAAUAUUGCACAAAAGCCUGAUAGUACUGAUCUCCAGGCUUACCUGAAUAUACCUAAUGCUGGUGGUGUUUGGUUCAUUGAGCCGAAUAGCAAACGGGUUGGGUCAUCACAAAACCUUGAAGAGAAUGAUUUUCGCAGCUGUCUUAAUGCCUAUUUUGGGUUGGAAGUCAGCAGGAUCAGAGAUGCAGUAGACAGUAGCUGUGAAAGAGUUCUUGAGGACCUGCUAGUUUUUCUGGAAUCUCCAAAGGCUUCUGCAAGACUGAUGUAUGCUUUUCAGAAGCACUCUAAGCAUAUACCUGUUGUACUUGGUUCACCAAGAUUAUGGGUGAAUCAAAUUGUUGCUGAUAUCCCUCUCAAGUCACCAGCUGCUUCCAGGUAUUCUAGAUCAUCAUUUGAUUCCUAUGUAAGUGAGCGUCCUGGAAAGAAAAUGUUUGAUUCUCCCGGAAGGCAAACUUCGUUCCUCAUCUGCUUUGUUUGGAUAGAUGAUAAUACAAGAUAUCCACAACUUAAAGAGCUUAUUAGCACCACUCAGGACCUUUGCUUUCGAGGUCAUGGUUUGUGGAUAUCUUGGGUCUCUGAUGAACUUUCAGACCCUAUCAUAUAGGUUUCAGCUCCAGCAGAAAAAAGAUCUUGGAUGCGAAAUUCACAAAAAGAGCUAGAGAGCACAUAGAUUAUGGUGACACUGGCGGUUGAGCCAACAAUACACAAUACACAGCUAAAAGUGGGAAGGGACUUUUAUUACACUAUCGGAAAUUUCACUAUUUCAAUUAAACAGGAUCACAAUUAACAUAGCAAAUGAGUCUCACAAUAAAUGCAAGGAGUUUUUUUUUGAAACGGAUAAAUGCAAGGAGUUGAAAGUAAAAAACUAUUGAGGGAGACAAUUAAGCAAACCAAAGAGAUUGCCACACUUGCAACUCCUCAUUGCUGCUAAUUGAUUUUAACUUUCUUAUUUUUAAGUAAUGUCAUGUUUCCAGCAACAAACCUUCUUUCAUAAGAAGGAUCUAACAUCAACCGAUAAAUAAUAAGUAGGCAAGCCCUGUUUCCUACAACAAACCUUCUUUCAUAGGAAGGUUCUAACAUCAACAUGAUAAUAAGUAGGCAAACCUGAAAACACAGCAACAUAAAUUCAUGAUAAUAAGUAGGCAAACCCGAAAAAACAGCAACAUAAAUUCAUGAGAAAGAAGUUGUAGCCUGUAUGUAUGAAAGAUGCUGAAACAUCAUUGCAUAAUAUACAUAAUUAUAGAACACUUUUUUGGAAUGCUUAAAAAAAUCCACCAAGAAGAGAUUUAACAUAGAAAUUCUGAAUGUCAUCAACAUUUACAAAUGAAGGAAACUUCAACAUAGGUCAACGAAGGCAGAACCUUGUCUUAAACUGAAAUAUGAAAACAUAGAGUGCUCUUAACGAAAUUCGAAAAUAGUUUAAAGUUGCGAAAUGAAUGGGAAAUUGGUGGGGAC